CGUGGCUUGAGAUACCUAUGAAAAGAAUGGAUCUAUCAACCUUCUCCUCUCUUCCCUGGUUGAUGAACAACUUGUUGGAGCCGUCCCCCAGUAUCGUGUUACCGUCUUGCUGGGAAGCCGACUUGGCCUCGCAUUGUCAUCAUUAGUUCCAACAACUUUGUUUUUCUUUCCCAUUGGAGCUCAUUACUAGGCUUCCUUUCCCGGGGCCCAUCCAUUGAGUCGCAGGGAUGCCGAGACCCAUGGAGAUUGAUAUCGUGCCCGAGCACGCGAGCAUCAGGACGGCUCGCUCCCGGAUGUCGAUCACCGCGACCAUCCGCCGGAAGACGUCUCGUCUCUUUGGGAACGAUGUCACGGACGCGGCAGACAAUAGGUCCCAGUCCAUCCGGGGCCCUCCGUUGAGGACCAAACGCAGCUGGUUCAACUCAGUCGGUGUUCGCUUUGCCCGACAGGACGGUUUCGCCCUCGACGUGCAGGAGAGCUCUCAAGAUGCUCAGGUCGCGUUGCGGGAGAAGGCUCGCACGACCGACACCUCCUCGCCUUCGUCAGAUGACUCUCACGCUCGGUCGUCCACAGGACGUCGGCUUUUCAGCGGGCUGCAAACCCUCCCCGCCAAGUUCCGCCGAGGAGGCGCAGCCUUGUUGGGCCGGUCGUCGUCAUCAAGUCUCAGUGACGAGGGCAGGGAGAACAUGCCGAUGCUGACCGUCUCCCCUGCACGGCUCCCAGACACGGGAAGUUUGAGUUCCUUCCGAAUUGGGGUUCAGAAAGCUGUUCGGGAAAUUGUCGAUGACAACUUCCGUUUCUCCGAUGACGAUGGCAUGCGCAGUGAGUUGGUAAAACUUGUCGAUGGGACAGCCAGGCUGACGUAUCCUCAGGCGUAUCCCCGACGAGGCCGCCUCCUCGAGUGCCUCUCCGGACCCUCUGGACGAUCAUGUCUGCUGAUUCAUCCGAGUCAGUAGCUCCCUUUGGCGUUGCCCUCGCAUUCAAACAUCCCAAGAACUAACAAGGCUCGCUCUCGCAGAGGCCAAGGUGGCUCGGGCGU